AUGCCUGUCCCGACCCAACUGCACUCGCUCCGCAUCACGCCGCUCGUCCACGACCCCAAGGAGACCAAGGUCGACUUUGGAGCGACCGUCGAGGGUGUCGACCUGAACGACGUCGACCCCGAGACGUUUGCCGUCCUGCGCGACGCCGUCCUCAAAUACCGCCUCCUCGUCUUCAAGGGCCAGGCGAAGCUCCACCCGGCCAACCAGCUCGCCUUCGUGCAACGAUUCUCGCCUGGGUCGACUAACUUUAGCCACGGUCUUGACCCGGACUACCUCAAGCGCCGAGGGAACAGCGGCGCGACGAUCCCGGGCGUGCCGCAGUGCCAGAUCCUCGGCUUUGGCCAGGUGCCGCCCGGCCACCACGGCCUGAAGGAGGACGUGUUCAUCGCUCGCCAGGACCACCGCAAGAUGCACAAGACGCCGCUCAGUGACGAGGAGCUCGAGCAAGGGUACACCCGGAUGAUGCAGCUCCACUUUGACGGCGCGCUGUACGGCAUUCCGCCGCCUUUCGUCGGCUCGCUGCUUGCGGUGCACACGCCCAAGGGCAACGACCUCACGCUCACGUUCGACAACGAGAACGGCCGCGGCGAGAAGCGGAUCGCUCCCGGCUCGACUGCGUACUUCAACGCGGCGCAAGCUUGGCGGCUUCUGACGGACGAGCAGCGCGAGACGGCUCGGCACUCGACCGUGACCUAUGCGCCUCACGCCUUCUCCUGGAUCGCCUCGACCAAGUUCACGAGCGACGGCUCGUCGAUCGUCACCGAGGGCAAAGAGGUCCCGCUCGACGAGCUGCCGCCUUGGGAGGCGAGCAAGCUCAAGACGAUGCCGAUGGUGUGGUACUCGCCGCUCGACGGCACGCCGUCGCUCAUGAUCCACGGCCAGUGCGCCAUGCGCGUCCACGUCAAGCGCUCGGCCGACGACGAGGUCAAGGUCCUGGACGACCUCGGCGAGGUUCGCGCGUUCCUGCAGGCGUACCAGCUCCCGAUCCUCCGACCCGAGUACGUCUACGCGCACAACCACCAGGAGGGCGACCUCGCCGUGUGGUACAACCAAGGGAUGUGGCACUCGAUCACCGAGUUCCCCGAGCGGUGCGGCAGGAGGAUCAUGCACCAGGUCAACCUUGGGCACAACGUCGACCCGGACCUGGUCCCGCUCGAUGCGGGCGUCGUGCGGCAGCUGUGACGAGCGAGGUGUGCAACUCGAGCGACCGGUGUUGGCAGCG